AUGAAGAUCAUAUUGUCGAUCAACGCGGGCUCUAGCUCGGUCAAGAUCUCGGCCUACACGGCCGAGCAGCGAGGGAAGGCGCCGGCGCAGAUCGCCGAGGCGCAGCUCAGCGGCCUCACCUCUCCACCGGCCAAGCUCAAGUACUCGCGCGGCAGCGAGGUGGUGCUCAAGGACGAAAAGGUGGCCGACGCCGAGACGGUCAAGACGCAGGACGACGCCUUCCGGGUCCUGCUCCGGACGCUGGUCGAGGACCCGAAACUCGGCGAGAUCGGCAAGGCGGAAGACGUGGCCAUUGCCUGCCACCGCGUCGUCCACGGCGGCAGCUACGCGGCCGCGCAGCUCAUCACCGAGGACACGUACCACCGGCUCGAGGCGCUGACGGACCUGGCGCCGCUGCACAACGCGCCGGCGCUCGAGAUCAUAAAGUCGUGCGUAAAGGCCCUCCCCUCGGCCGUCAACGUGGCCUGCUUCGACUCGCAGUUCCACGCCUCGCUGCCCGAGCACGUCCGGACCUACCCCAUCGACCCAGAGAUUGCGCGCAAGAACCAGCUCCGCAAGUACGGGUUCCAUGGUAUCAGCUACCAGUUCAUCACCAACUCGGUCGCAGAGUUCCUGGGCAAGCCCACCAACGAGCUCAACAUUAUUGCCCUGCAUCUUGGCAGCGGCGCCAGCGCUUGCGCCAUCAGGGGAGGCAAGAGCUGGGAUACGAGUAUGGGCCUCACGCCACUCGCGGGUCUGCCUGGCGCAACCAGAAGCGGGAGCGUCGAUCCGAGCCUAGUCUUUCAUUACGCCAGCGACGUUGGCAAGCUCUCGCCGUCAUCGACCAAGGAACUACACAUUUCGCGAGCCGAGGAAAUCCUCAACAAGGAGAGCGGCUGGCGGGCGCUGACGGGCACGACCGACUUUGGCACCAUUGUGGCCGCGGCCACGGAGAGGCAGGAGCCGCGGAGCCGGCUCGCCCUCGACCUGUUUGCGGACCGCGUGUGCGGCUACGUCGGCAGCUACUACGUGUCGCUGGCGGGUCGGGUGGACGCGCUCGUCUUUGCGGGCGGCAUUGGCGAGAAGAGCGACGUGCUGCGGCGCCGCGUCGUGGACCAGGUCGCGUGCCUCGGCUUUGCCCUCGACGAGGACCGCAACGCCCUGCCCGUCGAGGACGUGGUCCAAGAUAUUGGGCGCGAGGGCGCCAAGCACCGGACACUGGUCUGUCAGACGGAUGAGCAAUUUGAAAUGGCCAGGAGUUGUGCUGCGGAUCAAGAACUCUGGAAAUAA